ACACGGCUAUCGUGUUUCGUUUUGAAUACAUGGCAAUGUCCCCGGAAAGACAGAAAUCUAAGGAAGUUCUUUCUCAUGUCCAUGAAUGCAGCUUAAAAGAUGAAGCCCACUAUCUGGUGCAUCGGAUCAAGUCACAAGGGAGCUUCGCAUUUCGGUCCCGCACCUGGUUUCUCAUCGAUCCGGAUCACCCUCGUACGAAGCGGUUCUACCGUUCCGGCUACAUGUUCCGAACCGAACUGAUUCGUCACAUUAAAAGUGACUACUGGUACAUAAUACAUCCCUUCAGCCGAUUUCGGUUCUAUUGGGACAUCUGGUUACUGUUGUACUAUUGCGCUCUCAUGAUUCUAACCCCUCUGGUGAUCUCGUUUGCCCAAUCAUUGCGACAUUCCAACAAAAUUUACUAUGUAAUGGCCGUCAUCAACGUGAUCGCUGGUGCUGAGAUUUCGAUCAAUUGCAUCACUGGCUACUCCACGGACAAGUAUUAUCGGAAUAUCCAACUGAGUCCGUGGGCAAUCUUCAAGCACUACUUGAGUGGAAUGUUUGUUAUAGAUUUCCUGUUUGCUUUUCCGAAGUCUACUAUUGCAAGAAUUUUCAAUUUACAACAAAAAUCUGAUCCAAUCGUUCGAGAUGUUAUUAACGCAGUAUUAUUGCUGAAGUUGGUCUCCGUGCGAUACAUUUGGGCCAUUUUGACGAAUCUUUUUGAGCGUUUCCGUAUUGAUAUGUUGAAAUACUAUAUAUUACGAUUGAUAAUGAUAUCGGGACUAUUUCUGCAUUGGUGUGUUUGUUUCUACAAACUUGUGGCAACUGUAAUGGAUGACCCAGAGGUUGGGUUUGAUACAUCCUGGGAUGAGCACGUGGAAUACCUUCGAAAUGUCGACAAUGACAUCAUUGAUCGUUAUGGAAAAUGUUGCACUACGAUUAUGUACUAUUUGUUCCCGAGAAGUUUCGGUGAGUUGGGCGUACCAAAAACGUUUUUCGCCAAAUUUGUCGCAUCAAUUUGUAUCGCUGUUGGGAUUAGUUUCUACUGUUACUUAAUUGUUCAAAUAUACAAGUUGAUAACCAUUAUGAGCUCGACCAAACGCAAAUAUGCAGAAACGAUAAGCCAACUGCAGGCGUAUAUGAAGAUGAAACAGUUUCCCAUAGAAAUGAAGAAUCGAUUGUUGUACUAUUAUGAGAAGAAGUUUGAAAAGUGUUAUUUUGCGGAAGACAAGAUCAUGGAAACGAUUUCGGAAUCUCUGAGACAUCAAAUUGCCGAUCAUAACGCAAGUCGCUUCUACGAGCAGAUCCCGGUGUUGCGGGAGGUUCCCAUACACAUUUUGCUCCCACUUGUCCGAUCCAUGGAAAUAGAGAUCUAUCUGCCCAAUGAUAUGGUGAUAAAAGCAGGGACUGCGGCAUCGAGUAUCUAUUUUAUCCAGUACGGUUCCGUCGCCGUGUAUACACAGUCCGGAAAGGAGAUUGGCCACAUCACCGAUGGCGACCAUUUCGGCGAGAUCGCACUCUUCUACAAAAGUAAGGGGCUUGUCAACAUCAUUGCGAUCGAGUUCACCAAAAUUUUUGUUUUGCGCCGAAAAGUAUUUUUGGAUCUGGUUCCACCAGAAUCGGAGUUCUACCAGCGCCUGGAGGAGAUUGCCAAGGAGCGGAUGCAACGAGUGCUGCUCGAAGAGGAACAGUACAAAAGUCACCUGCUGAUGGUGAACGCGGGUAACGAAUGAAUGGAGGAAAAAAAAGAACAAAUUGAUCGAGGUGUGCAGAACAAAGAGUUGUUGAAGUCACGUGUAGUACGGAACGGAAAAUGGGACAAAAGUAAGAAGGAGAUAAAAUUAACAAGAUUUGCCCAGAUAAGCUCAAUUUGCGAAGUUAGCGUGAAAGAUGAGAAACAAUGGAUACCAAAUUAAGACGUUUUCGACACGGCCAAGUGAUAAUUUUAUUGAGCAGAU